AUGGACAAUCGGAAACUUUUCACUGUGUGGGAGAAAACCGAUAUGUUUGCUGGCUACCAUAUUGUUCAUUACUUUAACGAUACUGUAAAACCAUUUGGUAUAUUGGUCAAGAACAUUGAUGAAAUACUGUUUAAUGACAUUUCGUACGUUGAAAAUCUGAAUAAUAUACCGCCUGAAAAAACCAAAACUUUUUUGAACGAAGUUGAUAAAUUUAUACGAGAUAAACAUAAACAGCAAGAGUUAGUUACUGUUAUCUGGUACAACUAUCCGUACAGUCAGAAAGAAAUGAGAAUUAGUUUAUUUGGACAGAAGAAUCAUGUGAGACCAACAAAAAAACAAUUACAGCAAUUAAUCAACAAACAUCAGAUGAAAAAAUUUAAAAUUCAAAUGAAUGAAGUACAGCAUAAUCAUUUAAUGGACGAAUGCUCACAAAAACUGAAGGAAAUUGAAAUUCAAUACAAGCAUGACAAUGUGAAACUCGGAAUCAGACAAAAUGAAUUUCAAGCACCAGUGUAUCUUAUCGAUAAAAUUAAAGAAUCAAUUAAUAAAAUGAUUUUUGAAACAUUCACUGUUACAUUUGAAACAAUAUCCCACGUACCUUCUUCAGAAGAAAUUUCCGACUUAAAGCAGCUAGCACAACAGCACAAUUGUCACGUCGAUAAAAUUGACACGAAAACUGAAAUAAAAGUUCUGUCAAUACCAAAGGGUCUUGCAGCAGCAUCACAUUUGGUAUCCAAACUAACAAUUGAACAAUCAAACGCAUUUUGUUCAUCAACUUUGGUCUUCCGAAAAGCAUCAGUAUCAACUGCUUCAAUUAAAAUUCACUUAGUUAGGAGUUCUCUGACAGAAAUAAAGGUGAGAGCUUUAACCUCAUAAAAGUUUCGUUUUAACUGAAGCUUAUUUCAGCCUAAUAUAAUUAUUGUUUCUUCGGAUGCUGAUGCACGUAAAAAAGGCAUUGAUCCUGCUGAUGGUACAAGGGGGAAAAAGCAUACUUCUGUACUUCUCCGUACUUCUUCGUACUUCUUCGUACUUUUUUGUACUUCUCCGUACUUCUGAAGUACGAAGUACGAAAUACGGGUUUUCGUAUUUCGUACUUCGUACUUCAGA